GCACUUCAAUUUGAAAAAAAUAAGUCAUUCACAAAAGAGAUGUAUGAGGACGUUGAAUUUUACGUGAAACAAUGCUAUUUGGAUGUGACUUUAAUUCGACAGAUCCUAAAACAAAAGUAUGUUUCUUACCCGAUUUUUCUCAAGGAUCUAUAUGCAGCUAUUACGAAGUACAAACCAUCAGCUCAACUUAAAGAGUGUGAUGCAGCAAAAUUCUACAAAGAACUACUUGCCAAAUAG